CCUGCUUCGUCUUCCAGAGCCAAUCUUGAGCUAUAUAUCCGGGAAAAUGGACCAAGCCCUAGCGAAGAAAGAGCUGCAGGAUCUCAUCAAACGAGAAGAGCUAGGAAACAAACUUUGUGUUGAUUGCUCAAACCCCAAUCCUCAAUGGGCCUCACUCAGUUUUGCUGUUUUCAUCUGCCUGCAGUGCGCUGGGAGACAUAGAGGCCUGGGGGUGCACAUAAGUUUCGUUCGUUCCGUUUCGAUGGAUACAUGGCAAGAAGAGCAGAUUCGACGGAUGAAGCUCGGCGGUAACUCGCUAUUCCAUGAAUUCAUGAAAUCAUACAGGCCCGUAGAAGCGGGUGGAUAUAAAGAAGGGAUGGACAUCCCAGAAAAGUAUACAUGUUGGGCAGCUAUACAGUACAAGGACAAGGCAAGUCUUGAUUGUGAAUUAGCGGGAAAGCACUGGUCGCCUUCCCUCCCUCCGCCAGACUUUGCUUCACCACAAAGCGGUUCAGACUCUCCUGGCCGCCCCUCUUCUGCUCAAGGACUUCGCAAAUCACGAGCUUCAGCUCGGAAUGCAACAGGCUCCUCGUUACGCCAGAACUCUGCUUCUCCAGCUUCGUUUACCAACUCGCCGCCUGCAACUGCUGGGUCUCCGAGUCCAGACAGUCAGAAAGCUGCGAACGAAGCUUAUUUCUCCAGUCUCGGUUCCGUUAAUGCGUCUCGUCCAGCAGACCUGCCACCUUCACAAGGUGGACGUUAUCAAGGAUUCGGAAACUCGCCUGCUCCAUCCAGCACUUCGCAACACCCUUCAUACGGGCUCUCCAGUGCAGCAGCGCCGUCUUUAUCAGACUUCCAAGAGAACCCCACUGCCGCACUCAGUAAAGGCUGGUCACUCUUCUCUUCCGCACUCGUAGGAGCCACACGCACCGUACAAGAAAGCGUCAUCCAACCAGGCCUCGAACGCGUCCGAGAUCCCAACUUCCAAGCAAGUAUAAAGGGGUACGUCGACGAAGCUGGAAAACGCGUCACUGUUGUAGGUUCUACGGCAAACCAGUGGAGUAAGCAGCAAUUUGGUGUGGAUGUUGCAGAUAAAGUCGGUGGGUUGUAUGAUAAUGUGAGAGACCGAGUAGCUGGACCUGGACAUGAAGGUUAUGGUGCACUUGCGACGUCUCAUGACGGGAACGAUUGGGAUCGGUAUGAUGAUAGCGAGGACCACUUCUUUGACGAGUUCUCGAAUGACCAGCCCAAGACGAAUACUGCUACGGUUGCGGGAGGGUCUUCGGCGACGGCCGCCCCAUCUACAGCAGCGUCAAAGGGCACUAGCAAGAAGGAAGAAGACUGGGACGAAUGGAAGGACUUCUAAAUUCUACAUAGAUACCUGGCUUGUGGAAUCAUUGUUGAUUAAUUGUACAUUGUAGAGGUGAUACUGUUUCGCUCUUUCCCUAGUUUUCCUUGUCUCUAGAGUUUAGAUACACCAGUAUUCUC